GGGCGCCAAAGACAAAGUAGUGGACGUGACGAGUGAGAGAUGAAAAGUAAACAUGGCGGACUGAGUGAGAAAUGCUUCUUAUGCGCAGACCGUGUCCGUAAACAUCUCACUAAACUACUAUCUGCUGGGACUGUAUACGUGUGGUAAUAAGACGAAACUCGUUUAUUUUGUCCCUGUUAUAUUGUAACAUCGUUUGUUUAUGUAGUAGUCGAAAAUUUGCGCGUCCGCCUAAAGCGUUAGCUUAAUUAGCAGCGGAGCUAACCAGCUAAACUAAUCCUAGAUAACAGUGUUUUGAAAUCCUAGAUAACAUUAUUUUGACUGUGCGCUUUCAAGGCCCGAGUUGGCGAUUUCUGCUCCUUUUAAAACAUACACAGUUUGAUGUUGGGUAAAUCCGUGUAAACGUGCGCUAUUAGGGGUGGUGCCUGUAGUUUUAAAUCCCUUUGUUAAAGGGAAACGAGGCAAUUCGUCUGGGCACGUAGAUAUUAUUUUUGUAUUAUAUAUUGAGACUAUAAUUACAACAUGGAGUCCCAACGCCUACAUGAGAGAUAUGAAAGAAGCGACAGCGGCAGUGACUCGAGCUGCGGCAGCCCCACGUCGCCCUCCUCCAGUCCCGCUCCUGCGGUCAGCCCGACACCAGCCUCGGGCACAGGGGCCAAUGUGUUCGCAAACGACGGCAGUUUUAUGGAGAUGUUCAAAAAGAAGAUGGAAGAGGAGAAGCGAAAAAAAGAAGCGCAAACAAGUGGAGUCGGGACAAGUACCGAACAGGCGCCAGAGGAAAAGAAGGCAUCGGCUGUGACCACUUUUGUGGGGAAGCGCAGAGGUGGUGUGUUCCUAAAAACCGGCGUGGUUGCAAAGAAGCAGAAAAAGGACUCAGAAACGGAGCCAGGCAAGAGUGAUGCUUGGUCAAAGUACAUGGCUGAGGUGAAAAAGUACAAAGCGCACCAGUGUGGUGAUGACGACAAGACACGACCUCUUGUAAAGUGAACCUCCACUGGAGAAUUGUAUGUCUGGGCCUUCUGUACAAAUCGUACAACUUCACAUUGUUUUUGUAAACUGCUUAGAUCAGAUGUUUUUGUAUAAUUUUGUCCAGUAGAUGAGAUAAACCUGGUUGCUAUCAGGGGGGAAUUUGUCUUGGACUUUAUUUGCCUAUUUCUUUGUGUCAAGGAUAUUGCUCUGUUAUGUUUAAGUGUCUGGGUUAGUUGUGUCAGAUUUAUUUACCACUCAUUUAAAUUAAACCCACACUGCCUUUAUUUUAUACUGAGUUUUCUGUAAUGCAGAACCUUUCUGACCUAUCAGGGAGAUGUCUGUGUUGACACUGAAAUUAGAGUUCCACAUUCUGGGGCUGCCAUUUAAAGCAUCUAAAAAUAUCGUUUUAAAGAUGACUGCCACACAAUUGAGAUACCUACACCAAUGCAUUUUGAAACAAGUAAAACUAUUGAAACCCAGUUUCUUGAUUUACUUAUUUGACUAAUUUGUGGUGCGUUUAGACUAAAAAUGCCUAUUUGCUACAUUAAAUUGGGGCAAAAUAUAUUUGAUGACAAUAUGAAUUUUGGUUUGUAGAUGUUUAAUUGGGCCUAUAUUAGAUUGUUAUUUAUAAAUACAAACAAACUCAAACUAUUAAAAGAUCAGUUUAAU